ACCCUCACGCUCCCACAAUGCCUCGCGCGGGGAGAAGCCACGCCCCCUCGCGCGCCGGGCUGGAGAGGACGCCCCGCCCCUUUUUUUCCUCUCAGUCACAUGACAUCCAGGAUUUCAAAAUGGCUUCCUCCUUGAAAGUCGGAGCGCCGCUGCGAGGCUUUGUGUCCGGAUCGGAGGCCCCGCGGCUGCCGGAAGAGCUUCGGGCCGAGCUGGAGGAGGCUCUGGCCGGGAAAGAAGGCCGGCUCCCCUUCGCUGCGGCCCGGAGGCUCCACUGCUUCCUGCGAGAGGCCGGAUCCCAAAUGUAUCUUCACGAACUGCUGGAAGGCAGCGAGAUCUUCCUCCCUGAAGAGAAAUUGCCUCCAAGGAAUCCAGAAUUGGUGGCUCGGCUGGAGAAGAUCAAGGCCCGGUUGGCGAACGAGGAGUAUAAGAAAAUCACAAGGAACAUCAACUGCCAGGAACUGAACCGCUAUGGAACCCUGGCUGAGUUCGGGAAGCAAGUGCGGUCCUCCAAAGCCCUGAUGGUCAACCUCUUCAACUUCAUCAUCACAGUGGGAGCCGCCUUUGCCUGCACGUUCCUGGGCAGCCAGUACGUCUUUGCCGAAAUGGCCGCGCGGAUCUUGUCUGCAGUGAUUGUCGCCUCCGUUGUGGGCCUGGCAGAGCUGUAUCUCAUGGUCCGGACCCUCGAAGGCGAACUGGGGGAGUUGUAGACUUCCUAAGGACCCUUUUUGUGCUAACAAGAACUUUGUGGUCCAACUAAAAGGAAGCCAAAGCCUCUGGAAGGUCAAGAUAUUCUCCCCUGGACGUAAGGAAGGGAUUGGGGACACAGCCUUGUGGGUGACGGAAAAGGAAAGGGGUGCAUUGAGUGUCGUCUUUGGUUUCAAAUAAUAAUAAAUGUGUAGUAUUUGGUGUCAA